AUUCCCUGGUGUACACCAGCAGAGGUAUGACAGCAGACAACCAGUUCAAAGUUCACGGCCAGCUGCCUCUCUACGGCAUGACAAUCAGGGAGAGUGAGGAUGAGUGGGGAGUUCCUCAUACUUUCACUCUGUUUGGUCAGCGCCAGUCUGUCGUCGUGGCAGCAAGCUGUGUAUCAGAGAUGGUGAAAUGGAUGGAGGACAUCAGGAUGGCUGUAGUCCUGGUAGAACAGAGUAACAGACCUUCUACUGAUCUACUGUCCACCAGUCGAUCAGACCGCAAGUCUCCAGAAGAGGGCAGUGUGGAGGCUGAGUCAGAGGAGGAGCUGAGUGGGUCUCGUAGCUCAUUGGAGCGUCAGUCAGCACAGAGAGGAAACACGACGGUUCAUGUCUGCUGGCACCGCAACACCUCUGUGUCCAUGGUGGACUUUAGUGUGGCUGUGGAGGUACCUACCUGA